CCGGCUGUCUUCGGCCCUGCCCGCCGCCCUUCGGCCCAGCCGCCAGCGGCUGCGCACUCCUCUCCCCUUCUUCCCCUUCCUCCUCCUCCUGGCGGCCGCUGCCCACAGCAGGGAUGGAGGCCAUCGAAGAGCUGGAGCUCAAACCCUGCACCUCCUCCCUCUACCUGCGGCCUUUCCGGCUCUGUUACCGGCAGAAUGGCACUAAGAAGUUCUGGGAUUUUAUGAGGACACAUGACAGUGUGUCAAUCCUGAUCUUUAAUACUUCCCGGCAGUGCUUUGUUGUGGUGAAGCAGUUCCGCCCAGCUGUUUACAUGUGUGAAGUAGGAAGGUGUCAUCCUCAAGUCUUUCAGAAUCAGGGCAAGGAGAGCUCCUCUCAUCUAGAGGAUCCCUUACCUGCUGUGGUGGGAGUGACCUAUGAACUCUGUGCUGGCAUUGUAGACAAGCCAGACCUGUCUUUAGAAGAAAUUGCAUGUGCAGAAGUCUUAGAAGAGUGUGGCUAUCAUGUUCCUGUUACAGACCUAAGGAGAAUCACUUCUUACAAGUCUGGAGUUGGUGUGGCGGGUUCUACGCAGACAUUAUUUUAUGCAGAAGUGACAGAUGAGAUGAGAACUGGUGAAGGAGGUGGCCAGCCUGAAGAAGGAGAGCUGAUUGAAGUUGUAGAAAUACCUUUAGAAGACUCCAUGAAGUUUGCUUAUGAUGAGACUCUCCCAAAGACGAUGGGUGUCAUCUUCAGCUUCAUGUGGUUUCAAAACAACAUAACACCCAAGCUACCAAAAAAGUAAAGCACACUGAUUUUAAGAAAACCUUUCCUAGGGGUUACGUGGAUACAAAACCCUGCAAAUCUGCCUGCUUUGAUCAACUCAACGUUUCACAGAGCAAAUCUUUCUUGAAAUAAAUUUGGAAGUAAAAUCUCAGUUAAAAUCCUGACCUAAUUUCCGUUGUUACCAAAACACUUACUGGUUUCACCGGAGCCAGGAUUUGCAUCUGAGAGGCAAAUGUUGACUUUUGCACAGAGGCUAAGUAAAUGUGUCCAGGUCUCCUUUCUCAAGGCACUGCUCUACCACUAUUUUGAAGAGUUGCUCAGGACUCGGAGCAGCUGCUGUAUGAGGCUGUCACUGCGGUCUGUCCACACUGGCAGCUGUGUAUUCACUGUAGUUUCUGAUCUCUUUUGGGGAAGACAGUAAACAUUAAUAGUCACAGAUACCCUAGCUGCAUUCCCCAGUUCUGCACAGCCUUCAGGGAGUAGACUCCUGUGUGGUGUGUAGCUCAUGUACAGAGAAAAUGUUUGCAUUUCUGAACAUGCAAACUUUAUUCCAUCAGCAAACAUGCCUGUAAAUCCUUCUGCUAAUGUGUUACUUUGACAAUAGACCAGCUGUAAGAUUAUGUGCUUCUGUUUGUUCCCACUAUAAUGCUGAGCAGCAGCUAUGGUGGUAGAGAGAUGAAUGAUGGAGGCUUCUACUGGAACACGUGCUGCUUUGGUUUAUGGGUAAUACUUGAUUAAUUAGACCAAACUUUGUCCUCUAGAGCAGGACUCAAGACUAAGUCUUACAAUUUGAUUCAGAGGUGACUAAUAGAAGUGAUUUUUCAGAGGCGUUCUGCAGUCUGUGUCCUUAUCACCCAAAUGGGAAGAAUGGGACUUAACCCUCAGAUAAUGCUCCUUGAAAUCUAAUGAUCAAAAGUGCUUUACUGAGAGAUUUAUCUUCAUUUGUGCAGUGUAGAUUGAAGCCCAUACAGCCUGCAGAGACACAGGGAGCAACACCAUUUGAUUUACUGAAGUGGUCUAAUCAGACCGUAUGCCUCUUGUUCUAUCAGUGUAAUUUACAUGUGGACUCUGUCAUGUGGAACUGUUAAGAGCAUGAACGGAAGAGAAUUAGGUCUGGCAAUUUAAUUGUGCACUGGUUUCUGUUAUUCACUGAUUUAAUGGUAAUUAACAUGCCUUCAUUAUAUAUUCCAGGAUUGCUGAGGUGCUA